AUACACAGUGACUGUUAUGGUUGACGCAAAUGCCAACUUUCGAGUGAUUCGUUAAGUUCAGUUAUAAAAGAGGAAAUACGGGAGUAUUUAAAAUAAAAAUGUUACUCGAGUGAGUGGAAAGUUGUGAAGCGUUGUCCAAAGGACGCAUUGGAAGCGCGUGGCUAGAUCAUGGCAGUCCCAUCCUUUGAAUUAGUAAGCGGAUACAAAAUUCCUGCUGUGGGACUUGGAACGUGGCAAAGCAGCGAUGAAAAGGAACUGGAAGGCGCUUUGAAUGCCGCCUUGGAAAAUGGCUACAGACACAUCGAUACCGCUUUCGUAUACCAAAACGAGCAUAUUAUCGGCAGGGUGAUUAAAGAAUGGCUCACUUCCGGCAAAGUUAAGAGAGAAGAACUGUUUAUUACCACAAAACUGCCCAUGGAUGGUAUCGCGACCGACAAAGUGGAGCUGUACAUCAAGAAGUCCCUAGAGAGUUUGCAGUUAGACUACGUUGAUCUUUACUUGAUUCAUUUUCCAGUAGCAACCAGUGAGCGGAAGAACCCCACAGAUCCUUUCCAAACCAUCCCGACGGACCACGUUGCUGUAUGGAAGAAACUUGAGGAACAAGUCGAUGCGGGUCGAACCAGAAGUAUUGGAAUUUCAAAUUUCAACCUCAAACAAGUGGAGAGAAUCGUGAAAAAUGCCCGAAUCAAGCCAGCCUCACUACAGAUUGAAAACCACAUAUUCCUCCAGCAAAAAGAGUUGAUCAAAUAUGCUCAAGAGCAAAAAAUUGUGGUUGUUGCGUAUUCGCCAUUGGGAAGUCCGGGUUACGGAAAGUUUGUCGCCAGAUUUGGACUAGAGGCAAAGCCAGUUCCAAGCAUUUUUGAGCACCCAAAAGUCAACGAAAUUGCAAAAAAACAUGGGAAAACCCCGGCCCAUGUCGCCUUAAAGUUCCAACUUCAACGAAAAGUAGUGGUAAUUCCAAAAAGUGUUACAGCAAACCGGGUGAAGGAAAAUAUCAAUCUUUUUGAUUUCACUCUGGAUGAACAGGACAUGAAGACUUUAAGCGAUUUGGAUGUUGGUGAAGCUGCCAGAGUUUGCGACUUCAAAUUUGCCCCGGUAUUAGCAGACCACCCAGAAUGGCCAUUUCCCAAGUAGGUCGAUAAGGCGGUUUAUGUAGUUAGGUUGUUAGCAGCACAGUUUUAUCACGAGACCAAUAAACUUGUUCAAUAAAAA